AUGCUUGGUUUGAAAAAUAACAAUGUUUAGACAUCUUACAAAAAUAAACUAGAAAUACUUUAAUUAGCACCUAAUAAACCACCUCUGAAAAGAGCAAACAAACUAACAAAUUUGAGAAAUAUAAAUAAUAAUACAAAUUAACAUCAUUCAUUAAAAAAUGAAGAAUCAAAAGAAAAACUAUUAUAAUAAACUCACUUUUUAUGUGCAAUUAUGUAAUAAUAACAUAGUGCUACUGGUAUGAUUGUCGCUAAUUUUUUAAAUGGACAUCUUGAAAAAAAUAGCUAUGAAUCUAUAAUAUCAAUGGAAAAAACAGCAUAAGCAUUAUAACAAUCUGCAAAAGAAAUGUCAAAAGCUUUGUAUGCAUCUGAUGAUGAAGGAGAAUUUUAAAAUUUAUAAAAUAAAUUUAUAGAUUAAAUAAGAUUUUCUAAAUACAGAAAACCAAAUUAAGAAAAUAAUAUUGUAUUUAAGAGAAAUUAUGGUUAAAAACAUGAAAUGUUAAUAGAUUAAGUAGCAUAAUAAAAAUAAAAAUCUGAAGAGAAUUAAGAUUUUGAUGUAUUUAUUCCUAAGUCAUAAAUGGAUUAAUUUUUUAAGUAGAAUUAUAUAUUUAUGAUUUAGAAUAAUUAAAGAUAAAAUAGAUGAUAGAAUGAAAGAAUAAACAGAAUAGUUAAUAAAAGAAGAACAAAAAUUAGUAAAUGGAAUGAUAACAAAUGUUAAGAAAUUUCAUGAAGAUAUAAGAGAAGUAAAAUAUACAAUGAGUCAUGUAAAAAAGAAUAAAAAAGCAUUAUAAUUUCAAUCAUAAUAACCUUAAGCUACUUUAAGAAGAUUACAUACAAUGAAAUCACAAUCUUCUGCUAAAUUACACAAUGAAAAUACUUUAAAACUUGAUGAAGAUGUUAAGGCAGAUUUAAAAUUAAGAGUUAUGAAAGCUUUAAGAAAUUUUAUGGAUAAAUUAAAAAGAUUUAAUAUAACAUUAGAAGAUGUAGUAAACAAUUAAGUUUUUCCAACUUAAGCAUAUGAAAGACCUAAUAGUGUUGAGUUCUUUAGAUAUGUUAAAGCUGAUAAUAUUAAAGAAAUUGAAAGUAUGUUAAGAGAUUGUAGAUUUCAUGUUUAUGAUAGAGAUAAUUAAUAAAAAACUGCAAUGCAUCAUGCUGUGAGUAUUAAUUCUAUUGAAGCUAUUAAUUUAUUAGUAGAAAAUGGAGCUGAUUUAGAUGCAAGAGAUAUGAGUAAUUUAAAUAUAUAUCUAUUAUUAGUGGGAAGAUCGCCGUUACAUAUUGCUGCAAAAAAUAAUAAUUGUGAUACUGUUAGGACUUUAUUGGUUUAUUAAGCAAAUCCUUCAAUUAAAACUGUUGCUGGAAAAACUGCUUAAGAUCUUACUGAAAUGCCUGUUAUUAAAGCAAUUGUUAAAAAUGCUAAAAAAGUAAGAAGUAUAUUCAAUCUAGUUACAUUUUAUGAUGAACUUAUAACCAAAUAAUAAAAAAACAGAUUUUUGGGUUGAAAAAGCUGUUCUAUAUUUUUAAGAAGAUGACCCUGAAAAAAUCUUAAAAUUACAGCUUUAUAAAACUUAAGCUAAAUUAUUUUUACAAUGA